CCGUCCAUUCGGCAAUUAAGAAUAACUCCACUGAAUCGGGGGAAUUAUGAAAAAAGCUCUAUUAGUACUUCCUGAAACGUUUCUAUUCCUUUUGCAGGGGCGAUACCAGGAAGUCGAUAUCGUUGUCAACCUCCUCUCCGGAAUUUCUGACAUUCAGCUUAUCGCUUUCUCGUCUGGCCCAGAUAGCCGCCAGCCCCUGGACUCUGAUCAUACCCCACAAUUACCCGCACUUUUUCAUUCGAGCCUUGCUUAUGCCCUCCGCAAUUUUUCUGCUAGCAUCGAGUACCGCCGAAGGGCUGUCCACUCUAUCCGACAAAGAACAGUUCCUAGAAAUAUACAGCCCCCAAAACCAAACAAGUUGACAUGUCCCGUUGGACUCACCAGAUGAGAUCAACUGUUCUCCCUCGACGUUCGCGUGUUAACAUCCUUCAGCCUCGUCCAUUUACUGCUUCGUCUCUAACCGACUUGUCUGAUCAUUUUGCUGUAAGCACAGUGAUCAUGAUGCUCGAUUGCCU